AUGAGCAGUCAAUAUAACAAUAACAAAAUUUUAUCUUAACCCCUACUGAGUAUAAUUAGCACUCUUAAUGAAGAUGAUUUGUUAAGGGUCUUCAACUCUUUUAUUUCUUAUUCUGAGUUUUCCAUAGAAAAGAACUGCAAAAUUACAUCAUAUAAAUGCUAUGAAUCAGUUUAUGUUUGCAACGGGAAAAAAGCAACAGGGUUUGGGAGAAAUGAAAAAGAAGCAAAUGUGAACUGCAUUAGAAAUUUGAUCUAACUCCUUCUUAGCGAUGAUAAAGUUACAAAAAUAUUUAGAGAUUGCUUAAAGAAGAUGAAUGAAGAUUAGUAAUUUGAAAAAAUCAGCUAGCAUCCAGCAGAGUUAGGAGUCUAAGAUUAGCAAAAGCUUCUUAAUAUAGCUCAACAUUCAAAUUAAAAUUAGUAAUAAAUAAAUUUGGCAACCUAAUCUAGCAAGGGAGGCAGCAGCAGUGGUACCCCUUAUUAAAAUAACCCAAAUUCAUUCUAAAUAAGUUAACUAGAUUUUCGUACUUCAUAUGAAAACUUUUAUUCUGAUGUGAAGAAUAAUCCUUAGCACUAAACAAGCAUCGGAAAUAAUAACUCUUCAGCAACUCCAAGCAAUUAAUUAAAUAAUUAGUCUAUGAAUAAUAAUUAGACUUCCUUUUAAAAAUAUUACAAUGAUUCACUAGUUACUAAUUCCCUCAAUUAACCUCCAAACUAAUUUGUUUCUAUCACCAAAAGUAUGAGUUAGCCUCAUCCUGAAGAUUAUAGCAAUCAAUCUCAAUAAUAAAAUUUAUUUACAAGCCAAGGCGAUGAUUAUAUUCACCAUUUACGCACUAAUACAUUAAGUUCAACUAAUUCCGCACUCAAUCAAAAUUUAGCUUAACAACAAUUGAACACUUCAAUCAAUCUUUAAACUACUUCUUAAACUAACUUUUACAAUAAUUUACAGCACUCUGCGCCUAAAGAAAAGCCUGUAAUUUAGCCAUUUUCAAAUGUUUCCACAGAUGGAAUUCCUAAUAAUUUAAUCAGUUCUAUAUCUGCAUCAAGUAAAAAUACAGUUUAAAAUAAACAAUCAUAUGAAGAUGCUUAAAAGAUAGCACCACUUCCCUAACACAAACAUUCAAGAAAUAAAUCGAUGAAUAUAUCUGGAAAUUAUCAGGCAUCAAGCAUAAAUCUAAAUAAUAAUCCAGAAUUUAAUGCGCUAAGCAGCAAUUUCUCAACAAAAUCUAUUGACAAAGAUCCAAAAUAUGUUGCUAUGGAAGAGGAACUCAAAAGAUCUAAAAAUUACAUUGAGCAUUUAGAACGCAAAAUUAAAUUAGUAGUCGAAGAAAAUAAAAUUUUAAAAUCUCUGCUCCUUGAAAAUAAAAAAUCCAGCAAUUCAAAUAAUAGCAAAAUAACUAAUGUAAAUACAAAUGUAAUGAACACAACUAAUACAAGUAUGAGCAACCUUAAUAACACUUACAAUUAGCAAUCAACUGUCAAGCAAAUCGCUUAAACUCUCCCAACAAAUGAAAACAUUCCUCCACUUUCAAUUUAAAACUAAAUGCAAUCAACUAAAUAGUCCUAUUUCUUACCAUAAAAUAUGAAUAUUUCUAGUGCAACUCCAUAGUAUUAAGGGCAAAACAAUAGUCUAUUAAAUAUAAGCACAACAAACUAUUACACUUAAUAGCAUAACAUAAGUACUUCUAAUAAAGACCAAUCCCUAUACUUAGAAAAUAGUAAUAAAAAAAAUAUUAGUACAUAGAUAUUUGAACAGCCUACAAACCAAAAUAAUGUGUUGAAAGACUUUAAUAAUAAAGCUAACAUAAUUGCAAACGUAUAAACUAUACCUGAAACAUAAAAAAUAAAACCCAAUCCUAACUUUGCUCCUUCAAUGCUUGCUGAUGAAAAUGUACCUAAAAUAACAAAUGAAAAAAUAAGAAGUCUUUCUGUUGAUAUAAAUGCAAAGAGAUCCACCUUAGCUACAGAUAAUUCUUUUAACAAGUUAGAUACUUCUCUUAUAGAAAGUGGAAGUUAGGCUAACAAAAUGAUGGGACAUAAAAAAUAUAAAAGUAAAAUUCCAAAACUUAAUCUAGAAGUACUCCCAAAUUAUCACGGACUUAAUAACAAAUCUAUUAAUUAAUAACUUCUGUAACAAUAUCAAGCUUCUCAACAAAAAGCCGUCUAAAAAACUUCUGAAAAGAAAUGA